UACAUUUUACGACACCCAGUGAAAAUCUGAGUUAUACUCUAUUUCUCUAUACUCAGUCUCUUAGAUUUCGGCCGACUUAGUUUGCACUUCAUGAUUUUCUUACAUCCCAUGAACUACGCUCAUCUUACAGAUUUCUUCCUCUUUAAUUUCCUUUUCCGGCCCUAAUUACUCGUAUUGCAUUUACAGUCUUCCCUUUUCGGAUCUUUGGUUUUAUCAGUCCACUUUUUUAUCUUCCUCAAACUAACUUUUUUUGAUACUUUAAGAUCCAGCACCCUUUUCAAAAUUCGUUGUGCUACAACUAUCGCUUUACGUUUACUAAAAAUAAGUUUGAUGUUUUCCUUUUCGUUUUUAUAACACCAAAAUUGAUUUGUCAAAUAAAUUUUUGUCCAAAACAUCAACUUUGAAGCCAUAGAAAUUCCAACUUUUACUGCAAAUGUUUCUUACCAGAAUGGUCAGCGGUUUUAUUUGCUCCAAAAACUCCAACAAAAAUGCAAACAAUUCAAACCAACAGCAACAACAUGGGUCUACACAACAACAUGGUCAACAUGCAAAAUCGCCGAAAUUACGUAAGAAGACGGAGAAAGGAAAGCGUUCAUUGUCGAAAACCGAUUCGAAGAAGUCCAUAUCCGACUUGUUGAAGACGCAAGGCAAAGAGACGGUGGAAAGACCCAGCAAUAGCAGCUGUUGUAACAGUAAUUAUAGUAACAGCAGUAGUACUGGCAACGCCAACAAGGAGGCGCCUAGUACUUCAAAGUCAACUUUGAAACCGCCAACCAAAGUGAAAUCCGGUAGUUGGAAGCGUUCGGAAAAGCAAAUAUCCACUUACAAUGGCAUUUCCGUUGCUGGCAAGAAAUCGAAAACGCUGCGUAAGCGCUCACCCACUUGGCUGAAAUUCCCCAAUACACCCGUGAAGAUAGCCGAAAAGGUGACUUAUGUGAGUCCCGCUGAUUCUACAUCAGUAUGCCGCCCAGGUACACUCUAUUCGGAUGUGCUAUUCGGUGCCGGUUCCUCCUGCCUGGUGAAAAUCAAAACACUCACACCACGUCGCACCGCUAACACUGCACAGAAGAAGCUCACAAAAGCGCUGCUGAAGUGUAAUGGGAAUGAGAAUGAAGUUGCUUCGGCUAGUGAAACUGAGACGGAUCGUGAACUUUUUCCCAGUCUAAAUGGUGUCGCCACUACAGCCUCCACAAGUGCGAGUGCUACAACUUCCACACCACCAGAUGGCAGUCCUCGAAAAAGUAAUACACCACUGUCGACGGCCGGUUCACCUAUGUCUACGACGACAACAUCGGAGUCGACGGUCACCAGCACGACGAACGCUAGCAAAUCGUUGCUUAACGAGCCUACGUUGCCGCUAGUUGUCACGCUGCCUAAAUGCGAUGAUGAUGCCGAUGUUGUGAUACUCUCUGAAGCGAAUGGUGUUGGCGGCACCACUGAGAAUGGUUUCAAUGACGUUUCGUAUGGCAAUUACCUGGAGCAACAUUUCAAACAAAUGAACGGCACCGCCGCCACAUUGGUGGGACCAAAGGCGUUAGUUACAAAUCUGGGUGUUGCGGGGAAUGACACAUGGGAAGGCACAAAUCUCGAUGCUGGCACCAUCGUACAGGCAGAUGUGGCGCUAAGCGGCUUUUCACAGAUUGCCACGAAACCCUUCACCAUCGACAUACCACAAUGGAAUUUCUUGGAUGCUGAUGUCAGCACUGAUGCAUAUCCGAAGUUCCUCUGUCAAUUCGAAGAUGAACACUACCUAAAGGCGGAAAAAAUGGCACUAUUGGGCUUGAAGUUAGCCCUGGGCAAUGGUAGCUCUAAUCCGCAGCAAGCCAAGUUCAAAUUUUGAGUAAAAAUAGCAAUACAAGCAACUUGUUAUAAUUUUAUUUAGUCUUAUCAUUUUUAUAUUGUAAUAAAUAAUAAAAUAAAUGUGUAGAAAUUUUCUUUUACUAAAUGUAAUAUUAGAUGUGUAUCAGGGGAACGAACAAGCCGGGAAGAUAGAAACUUUGUAGUGAAUUUAAAGUUUCUUUAACUUAUCCAUGUUUCGGAACUGCCUCCAAUGUUCAUGUUCAGAGUUCACGAAGUAAUUUUUACUCUUUGUCGUCCCUGUUUCACUGCUGUACACUGAAUACUAUGAUCUCCACCGGGGGUUUAAUUGGGACUGCUUGGUUCGGUUAAACUGAUUCAUUUUUAUUAUUCGGAUCACCGGACACCUUGAAUAAUAUUGAUAAAAAGGUUGUAUCUACAGACUGAGCGUGACCGAUGAAUUGAAUUUAAGGUCGAUUCACUAAUCAGCUUCCGUUUAAGAAAUCAGCAUAUGAGUUCUCAUCAUCAGUAAUAGAGUCUGAUUUGCAUAAAUGAAGGACUAGUCCACAGAUGGCGGUGCUUACGGUGAUGAAGAUGGGUAAGGGCAACUCCGUUAAGAUUUAUGUCGUCUGGUCCAAAUCGUUGCUGUUAGUAUGGGUAUGUUCGCUGAGAAACUGAGACGGUGAUUCGAUUUUGAAAAUUAAUUAAUAUAAAAUUCGUAAAUCUUCUUAAAUUAUUAUACACUGAGCAGGGUAUAUUAAGUUUUCCACGAAGUUUUAAACACCUAGAAGGAAACAUGGGAAACCCUAUAUAAUAUAUAAUAUAUAUAAUUGAUCAGCAUGACGAGCUGAGUCGAUUUAGCCCUGUCCGUGUGGUGUCUGUAAGAACUAGUCCUUCAGAAAUCAAUCUGUACAUAGCCGAUAUCGGACCACUAU